AUGCCUAAAUAUACUAAUCUUGGGAACGUAACAUACCUUUCUGUAGGAAUCCUGCUUCUCUAUAUGGCCUAAAAUAGCUCCGCCAAUAUAUAAUCAGUAAUAAUGGAAGAAAAUGGAUUUGAACAACUCGGAUUCUUUAUUCUAGCAGUACUCUAUUUUUUCAUGGGAAUGGGUAGUUUGCUUUCAACAGCGAUAAUUAAUAAAUAUGGAACAAGAUUCUGCCUUGUGAUUGGAGGGGUCGGAAAUGUUUAAUGGAUUGUAAGUACUCUGCUAGCAGUUUAUAGAGAAAGUAUCUUAGCCGAAGGGGUUCCAAUUGGAAUUAUUUAUUGCGGCUUGUUGUUAUCAACAGUAAUCAAUGGUUUUACAGUCGGAGUGCUCUGGGCUGCAGCAAACCAAUAUAUCGCAGACUGUUCAUCAGAUUCAAACAAGGGCUUCUUCUUUUCAUACUUCUGGUCUUUCUACAUGACUUCACAAAUAUUUGGAAAUUUAAUUGCUGCAUUUGUACUAGGCCAUUUAGAGCAGGAUAAUUACUUUGAAAUUAUGGCAGGUGUAGCUUCACUUGCGACAUUAACUUUUUUCUUUUUGAAAAGGCCUUAACCAGUAGGUCUACAAUUCAGUAUUAAUGCUUUACGCUUGGUUGAAGACUCAAAUGACUAUACACAUCCUUCAUUUGUUAGUUCUAGCAUCUACAGUACAUCCUAGCCAACAUUCUGGUCAGAUAUAAAAAGUGUAUUGAUUUUACUGGUAUCUAAAAAAAUGAGACCAUUAGUACCAUAGCUGUGCUGGACUGGCGUAAGCAUUGCUGUUUACACCGGAAUCCUUCUACCUAUUAUAACUGACACUUUGGAUGAUAAGGAUACAUCGCAUAAAUUUGAACUUUCAAUGCUUGCUAUGGUUUCAUUAGGAGUUGGAGAAAUAGUUGGUGCCAUAGGAAUGGGGAUGAUUGUAGAUAAAAUUGGAUCUAAAAAAUCUUGCUGGGUAAACAUAUUUUUAGUAAUUCUACAAACAUUGGCAGUUUUGCUAUUUCUAUAUAUUGACGAGUAUAAUUGGAUUGCAUUUAUGAUGACCUUUCUUUGGGGUGUAUAAGACAGUAGCAUAAGUAUACAUUUGGAUGCCAUUCUAGGAUUUGAGUUUGAAACUAAUAAAGAACCAUUUGCUUGUGAUAUUCUUAUGGAGUCCAUCACAGCUUUUUCAUUUGAGAUUUUACAAUCUUUCAUGAAAACAAAAUAUCAAAGAGUGAUAUACAUCUCUGCAGUUGGUGGAAUUGGAGUGUUCUGCACCCUGAGUUCAUUCUUCUUUGAAUACAAACCUGAUGCCAUUCAUGUAAGAGACAGCGGUAGAAUACAUAGAAAAUCAUUCAUUCUCAACAGAGCUCCCGAGGAAGUUGAGAGUAUAGAUUCAAUUACUGAUCCAAAUGUAUAUCUUAUUUCAUCUUGA